AUGCUCUUAUCUGUACCAGAGCGCUUCCUCUUUGUUAGAUCCCUGGUGUUCCAGCAACAAUUCACAUUGCAAGUUCAGGCAGUGCUCUCUCCCUUUCUUUCUUUAGCGCUCUCUCUCUCUCCCCUUGUGAGUGCUGUGCUUGUGAAGGAAGCAUGUCUUGGGGAGAAUAUGGGGUUUCAAUUGAGAAAAAUUUUGUUUGUGGUUUCUACAUCUCUUAGUGACUUACUGAUUCUCAUCAAUAUCCAGAGGUUGGCAAUGGAGCUGCAGAUUUUUGAAGUCAUUGGAUCUGUCCUUCUGAUAUGCGUUGGAUAUGUUGAUCUUGGAAAAUGGGCUGCAGCUAUUGAGGGAGGUGUUCAUGUUGGACUUGAUCUCCUGCUAGUUCUAGUUAUCUUCAAUUGGAUUGGCAUUUUCUUCCAGUAUAUUGCGAUUCGUAUUAGUCUUGUUACAAAUAAGAGCCUUGCACGGAUUUGCAGAGAAGAGUAUUCGAACUUCACAUGUGUGACAUUGGGAGUUAUAGUGCUGAUAUCCAUGAUAACGUCCCAACUGUCAAUGAUUUUGGGUGCUGCAUAUGGACUCAACUUAACUUUUGAGAUAAGCCUGCCCCAUUGCAUGCUUUUCUCUGUGACUGUCAUGUCGGCUUCUUCGUUUCUUAGUCUUUUUUGGCAAACCAGCAAAAUAAAGGCAGCAUGCAUCAGCAUAUCAGGCUUCACAUUGUUCUUUUAUGUAUUUGGAACCCUCAUCAGCCAGCAAGACAAUCCAUUGCCCCGGCAUGACAAUCCCUCUUGGUUGAACGGGGAGGCUGCUUACGCAAUCAUUGCGCUUCUUGGUGCGAAUGUUAUGCCCCACAAUUUGUACAUCCAAUCUUUACUUGCACAGAGAAGGACUCUAAAUGGAAGCAUAAAUUCCUUGAUCAUUGAUCAAUGUUUCACUAUGUUGUUCACUUUUACUGGUAUUUUUCUGGUAAACUAUGCGGUGGGGAGCUCAGCAAUAGUUAUCUUAUUCGAGAACUUGGGACUUUCGGUACCUAAUUUUCAAGAUACCUCCAUGUCGAUGGAGCAGAUAUACGGAAAUCCUGGAGCUUUACUUCUCUUUCUUGUGCUUUUUUGGUUAUCUUGUCUGAUAACUAGUUUAGUUCAGCAUAGUUGUUGGGAAGUGAUUUCUCUUCAACUCUUUACAGAGGAGUUCCCUGUUCCAGUUCAUCGCGACAGAACGGUUAAGAGUUUCAUCCUCAUUGUUAUACUUUAUCACAUUCAUACAUUGAGUUUUGAGGGGAUCUAUCAGGUGCUUCUCUUUUGUCAAGUUCUAUUGGGCAUACUUCUACCAUCAUCUAUUAUUCCUCUUCUUCGGGUUUCUUCAUCGACAUCUCAAAUGGGGGCUUUCAAACUCUCUCGGUCUUUGGGGAUGUUAGGUUUGUCUCUGUUUGUUACUAUGGUCAUUGCUCAAGUCGUCUUUCUGCUGGAGCUUGUAUGUGGACAUAGUUCAUGGGUGGCUGAGCUCAGGGGAGAUACAGGAAGUGGCGUGACACUCACCUACAUUAUCCUUCUUGUCCUCACAAUCAUGUCUUUGAGCUUCAUCGUGUAUAUGGCCUUCAUGCCAUUCUGGUCAUCGACCAAUACAGCAGGUACUCAUGCAUUUGAUCUUGACUUGCAAAUGAUUCAAGUGGAGCUACCUGAGCUCGAAGAAGCAGGUUCUGAUAGCACACAUGAUCCCACUGUCGCUAAUCUUCAAGUACAACCUAUUGAACAAGCAGAAUCUAAUUGUGAUGAGGCCUUUCCUUCUACACCUAGUAUGAGAGGGAAAGGUGUAAGCACAAGUGAUGAUGUAGGAGAGUUUGCAUUCACUCGUGCAGCAAAGCGCCAAUUUGCUGCCAUCCUUGAUGAAUUCUGGGGCAUGUUCUUUGAUCUUCAUGGGAAGCUGACGAUAAAUGCGCAGAACCUUGGAUUAGACAUUUUGUUUGGUCUGAGUUUGGAGGCCCCCAGAACAUUUCCUAGAACCCAUGCAAACAAUGGCGCACAAUCUCGCCAGAGCACUUCUAGUGUUUUUGCUUCAUUCUCAGCUCAAGAGGGAGCUCCAUUUUGGGCACGUAAUGCAGAAUCAAAUGAUUCAUGGGGCAUGCCUUCUCGUCAACCUGAUAAUUCUGGUGCUGAUGCUCAUAUGGAACAAGAUGAAGGUGGUCCACCGGCUAUCUUUUAUGUGGAAGAUCCAUCGGAAGCCGGAUUGGAGUUUGAGGAUGCUCCGCCUGCUGAAUCUUCUGCUCCAGAUUCCGGUGCAGGCGGGACAUCUUCAGGACUGAAUUAUCCAGAAUCUCGGUUUGCUGCACCCGGACAACCUUUUAACCCGAGUUCUCCCUGGAGUCUACUUCCAUAUGAGCAGCACUUUCGCCCAUUGUCGAUGACUGAUAAUAGAACAGACACUGGAAUGGAUUCUGAGGAAGAAUUCUAUGCCAGUGCAGAAUCAGAAAUGUUUCUCCUAAAUUCCUUCAGAGCUUGUAUCAUAAAGCUCUUGAAAGUGGAGGGAGCUAUCUGGUUGUUCAGACAGAAAGGUGGCGCUGAUGAAGAGCUGAUAAACCAGACAGCGGAGGCAGAGAGAACGAAGAACAGAGAGGAAGAUGGCGUUGAGGAUGCUGGUUUUGGGAACUAUCCUCCUCUUCCCUUCUGCGGCGAUAAAUGUAUCUGGCAGUUUAGUCUCAUUAUCAGUUUUGGUGUUUGGUGCGUUCGUCGGAUAUUAGAGCUGUUACUCACUGAGAACAGGCCAGAACUCUGGGGUAAAUACACUUAUGUUCUCAAUCGCCUCCAGGGAAUUCUAGCACCUGGAUUUACUCAGGUGAGGAUUGUGCUCAAGCCAUGCCACUGCGUUCAACUCACCGAAGCAAUCAUGCCUGCCUUUGAAGAGAUCCAAUGCGGGCCUGAUCAGCACCGUACAACUGCAGAAUCAAUCCUGCGCCUGUUAAAUCAGGUGGAAGCUGCGAUAUGUAGCCGUAAAGGCAGGGCAGGCACUCCGGCAGGUGACAUCGCCUUCCCCAAAGGAAAGCAGAACCUGAUAUCGGUCUUCAGGCGUUACAAGAGAAAGCUCUCAGGCAAUGGUUAACUAGUGUUCGGAAUUCUCCCUAGUGGACUAGCAGGGGAUGAUGCAUCUUUAGAAUAAUAGAAUCCCUUUCAUAAUGUAUCAUCUAGUUCAUGCUUUGUGAAAUGAAGUUGUCGGGACCUUUGUUGUAUUUACUUCCUAAGAACUUUUUUUAUCUGUAAUAAAAAGUAUUCAGAAUUGAAAUCAGGUGCUUGUCAUUUUCUAAACAUAAAUAAGUGGGUGUAGGCAAUAAGGGUGAAAGUAACACUUCCAGUUGACAACUGGUGCCAGUAAAUGGUUUGCUUGGAAAUUUCCAGAUAAGCUGAUUUGUACUCUUGCUCUAUUUUCUUCUUCAUUUCUUGCUUUACUACAUCAUCAAGAUCAGACAUCUCAAACCAAGCUCUUGCUUCUUCAGAGGAUAUUGAGGGAAGAACAUGGGUUUUGUGAUUGUGAUAUCCUUGCCACUGCUUAUUUUGAUUGUGAUCAUCGCUCUAGCAUGCUACCUUUGCGGCAGGGGAGGCUGUUAGACGUACCGGCCUGCCCAAUUCUCCGGCUUGCUUGCUUCUCCUCCUGUUUUGCCCCAAGAUAAAGUUCUCCCGGCUUAUAAUUAGUAAGCUGAUUUGGACUCUUGCUCUAUUUUCUUCAUUCAUAUCUUGCAUCACUACAUCAUCAAGAUCAGAGACAUCUCAAACCAAGUUCUUGCUUCUUCAGAGCUAGGAUUGAGGGAAGAACAUGGGCUAUGUGAUUGUGAUAUCCUUGCCACUGCUUCUGUUGAUUGUGAUCCUCGCUCUAGCAUGCUUCCUUUGCGGCAGGGCCAGAGGACGUUAUGAGACACACCGGCCGUCCCAGUUCUAUGGCCCUCCUGCUCCUGCUCCUCCUCCUCUUCCUGUUAUGGCCCAAGAAAAAGUUGUACAAGCUUAAUGAGAUAAAGAACAGAACAAUCUUGUAAUGCUGAAAUUUUCAUAGCUUGUAACUCAUGUGAUCAUUAUCAGUAAUAAUUGAAUGACUGUAAAUAUUGUGUUCAUUCUUGAUAUGCAGUUAACAGUUCUUGAUUGACAUGAUUUAUGUUUCACAGAAAUGCACAACUAACUUUGUUCA